AGAUGUGCAAGUCCGUCUUCAGCAAAUGAAGCCGUGGCAUACGUAGAACUUGUCUCGACACUGUCGGUGGCAAUUGAAGUGUGUGAUAACGUCGAUGGAGGCGACGUUACUGAAUAUGCUACAGCUCUUAUACUAUUGAAACUUUAUCGUGCCAACACCCCUCAUCAACCUCUCCGCUUCGAUUUCUUUGCAUGGUUCGACACAAUUGUACUCAGCGAUUAUAAACCCGUCGAUCCAGCUUACGAUGUGACUCGUCAGACAUGGGCUGACCAGACUUCGGAAAAGAGGAUGGAUAUGAAGGGGAAUGAUGAACGGGAUACAGACAAGGACAAUGUGAUGAGACAAUGUGAUGAGGACGACAGGACAGAGUUAGGACGAUCGAGCUCUAAUGGCAACCGUGAAGGACAAGGGAGCAGAUAUGAAAACGUAGAGACAGUAUACGUCGGGAAAAUAUCUCCCGACAUGCCUGGACAUUUGCUGGAGCAAAAGGAGAUCUUUCAUUACAAGGGUUCCAUGACAUGA